AUGACUAUCAUUAUCGGGUCUAAAGAAUCUCUUCCUCGCACUGGGCUAGCAGCCCUUCUGCCCCAGCUUGACAUCCCGGGAUCAGUCCAGCUACCCAAUGGAACAAUUGUUGCUUUCGGCACCGGAGACCCAAUUUAUAGGGUGAUAUUCCGCUCGGAGUGUGCCCUUCGAACCCCAAUGACCGAACUCAGCCUUGGAAAGGCUUACAUCUCCGGAGACAUUGAAGUGGAGGGAGAUAUCGGCGCUCUAUUCGGAGCACGAAAAAGCAUCACGGAAAAGGUACCCAUACGCCAAAAGGUACAGUUUGUAUAUGACUAUUUCCGAGAGGCGACAAAGAUGAAUGCGAAAGCCAUUGGCGAUCAUUAUACCCGCGGGGAUGACUUCUACCUUACGUUCAUUGACAAGCGGUACCGAUUCUAUUCCCAGGGGCUAUUCAAAACACCAGACGAGACAAUUGAAGAGGCAUCCGAACACAAACUUGAGACUAUGUUCUCUAGUCUUGGUCUUAAGCGUGGGAUGCGAUUGCUUGAUAUUGGAGGUGGAUGGGGUGGGGUGACGCAGUACUGUGGUGCUCGAGGAGUCCAUGUCACAACCCUGACGCUGACAGCAGAUUCUGCACGCUACAUACAGCGUCUAAUAACUGAGAAAAGUCUCCCGGGUGAAGUCUUCCUUCAAGACUUCUUCAACCACAAGCCCGAGAAGCCGUAUGACCACAUUGUCAUUUAUGGAGUCAUCGAACAUAUUCCAAACUAUCGUCGAUUUGCCAGCCACGUUUGGAAAAUGUUAGCCCCGGGAGGCAGAUUGUACCUAGACGGCUCAGCAGCAGUGACAAAGUACAGCCCAAGCGCUUUUACGCGAGACUAUAUCUGGGGUGGCACACAUACAUUUUUCACUCUCCAAGACGUGAUUGGCGAGCUACUCUUCCACGGUUUCGAAAUCAUCGAUGUCGCGCGAGAGACGACAGACUACCAGCGAACAAUGGAGGAAUGGGCAAGGCGGCUAGAUGCAGCAAAAGACGAAAUCAUCUCAGGCUGGGGCGAGGAGACGUACCGUGUUUUCCGCUUGUUCUUGUGGGGUGGAGCGCACGCCUUCAAGUCCAAUACUCUGCAGGCUUACCAUCUUGUCGCUGAACGCACAUCUUCUCCGGGGCCACGUCCUUCGAAGCCUAGGCGUAUGCUAUAUGCCAUAGAGAACAUAUUUCAAUAG